UCCUCCGGAACCGCACUAUCCCCCACCGAUUUCAAAAUGGCGCCCAAACCAAAAUUUCAGGAGGGUGAAAAGGUGCUCUGUUUUCAUGGGCCUCUUCUGUAUGAAGCAAAGUGCGUAAAAUCUGAAGUGAAAGACAAGGUUGUGCGGUAUUUUAUUCACUACAAUGGUUGGAAUAAAAAUUGGGAUGAAUGGGUGCCAGAAACCAGGGUACUCAAAGCCAUUGAAGCCAGCUACCUCAAGCAAAAAGAACUACUCAAAGCCCAUGCGAGUAAGAUGAAGAAGACUAAAGCAGCAGCUGCUGCAGCCAAGAAGGCAGAUUCUGAGAAGACCAGCCGCGCCUCAACACCGACUGCAGAUAGCAAGGCACGAAAAGCUGCAAAGAAUGAAUCUCAGAAGACCAGUCGCUCAUCAACACCUACUGUAGAAAGCAAACGAGAACCGAAGAGAGGCACCCCCACUAUUGCCAAGAAGGAUGAAUCGGCAAAAACAAGUCGUGCGUCAACGCCUACCGUGGAGGGAAGGAAGGAUGCCAAGAAAGCGGUUGCAGCAGCAGCCUCCUCAUCAACACCAGAGAGAAGACCUUCAGGUGCAGGAUCAAAAUCUUCGCGAUCUGGGACACCGACAAUACCCAUUGCCCUUGUUACACCGACCAUGACUUCUUCCCAGUCCUCGACCGCAAGUUCUGUGGUGGACAAAUCAGACGCUGGGUCCACGUCGGCAGAACCACAGAGAAAGAAGAGGAGAGGAGACCCAACAGUGGAAUCGCCACAAGUGGCCAGUCAGUCUAGUCAAUCUAGCACUGCUAGUAUUCCUAAUCCUCGACUUUUAAAGGUGGAGGAAUCGUUUUUGACAAAAAUUGAAGUGCGGGUGAAGAUCCCAGAUGAGUUGCGACCUUGGUUGGUUGACGACUGGGACAUGGUCACCAGACAGAAACAGUUAAUUGCAUUGCCAUGUAAAAGGACAGUGGAGACUAUCCUUGACGAUUACGUCAAAUACAAACUCACCAAGUCGAAUAAUCCAAAUAAAGAUGCAAUAACAGAGGUCACACAAGGCAUCAAAGAAUACUUCAAUGUCAGUUUAGGGACGCAACUUCUUUAUAAAUUUGAAAGACCGCAGUAUGGUGAGGUUUUGCUUGAUCAGAAGGACACACCUGUUUCAAAAAUAUAUGGAGCAAUGCAUUUAUUACGGUUGUUUGUCAAACUCGGUGGCAUGCUGGCUUACACAAGGCUGGACGAAAAAAGUGUUCAACUCUUGCUCUCCCAUGUGCAAGAUUUUCUCAAGUACAUGCAAAAAAACGCCUCCUCACUGUUCAGUCUUAAUGACUAUGUUGUUGCCUCUCCGGAAUACCAUCGGAAAGCCAUUUGCUGAUCAUGCGCCAAGGUAUAAACAAUGGGUGUUACAGAAGAAUUCAAAAUUCUUCCGAAAUUCUUUGCAUGAUUAGAGUAGGUUUUCUGCACUGUGCUUGUUUGACAUUCAAUGAAAUUAUUGUAAAAGCUGACCGUGGACUUUCCUUUCACAUUCAUUGAAAGCAUUGUAAAAGCUGAUCGUGGACUUUCCUUUCGCAUUCAAUGAAAGCAUUGUAAAAGCUGAUUGUGGACUUUCCUUUCGUAUUCAAUGGAAGCAUUGUAUAAGCUGAUCGUGGACUUUCCUUUCACAUUCAAUAAAAGCAUUGUAAAAGCUGAUCGUGGACUUUCCUUUCACAUUCAUUGAAAGCAUUGUAAAAGCUGACUGUGGACUUUCCUUUCACAUUCAAUGAAAGCAUUGUAAAGCUGAUCGUGGACUUUCCUUUCGUAUUCAAUGAAAGCAUUGUAAAAGCUAAUCGUGGACUUUCCUUUUACAUUCAAUGAAAGCAUUGUAAAAGCUGAUCACAGACUUUUCUUUCGUAUUCAAUGAAAGCAUUGUAAAAGCUGAUCACAGACUUUUCUUUCUUAUUCAAAUCAAACCAUUGUAAAAGCUGAUCACAGACUUUUCUUUCGUAUUCAAUGGAAACACCGCAAAAGCCAAUCGUGGACUUUGCUUUCACAUUCAAAGGAAGCAAUGGAAAAGCACAUUGUGGACUUGAUCAAAGACUGUUAUGUGGGGAAGAAAUUGACAUCGGAGUUGUUUUUCGCUUGUUCUGUUCGAUCAAGGAUCGAUUUUGCAUCAACUGGACUGUAGAACAGGUCAAGCCCAUGUCAAUUUCAUCCGCAAAACCUUCUGUUUUGUAUUGGACUGCUGACUACUACUGCCACCUUUUGGCAAUAAAGUCCGUCUUUGAUUCAAUUGUGGAACAAUGUGCAGAAACCAGCUUUCUUGUAAAAUUUGUAGUUUUAACGUCAGUGUCCAUGUAAAUAUAUUCGCAUGUGAUUGCAAUGAAGAAUGAUGCACCAUGUCCCAAAUUGAAACCAGCUCCAACUAAAGGCCUGAUUCCACUAUUGUGUUUUCCUGCUGCAGUUGUACCACAUGAAAACUACGCUUUUAUCCCUAGCACGUAUUUGGAAAUUCAUAUACCUGUUACUGGCUCCGCCUACAUGAAAACGGAAGUGUCGUAAAAUGAUAUGAUGCCUACCCAGCAUUGGGUAAUUUCAGUUACCAAAUAACUGCUUCAGGCAACUUUUGUUUUCCUCUAUUGUCAUUGCAGCAAGGAAACGCCCUGGGUUAAUGCGGAACAUAAAAUCUGAAAACGAGAUUUCCCUGGAGGUCUGUUCAUUAAAGGGGUACGCCGUUUGUUAUUACUGGUGGUCCAGGAAAAUAGAAAUGCAGUUAUACACAAUGCCGUUUUGCCUUUAUUAUGCAUACGAAUUGGCUGAACUUUAUGUUUAUAGUAUUUGCAUGUCUGUCUACAUGACAACUUUGUUUAAAUUUGCACUCGGUACUUAUUUAAACAAUUUCAAAUGUUUUUAAUUCAAUUUCAAAUUUCAAAUAUUUAACGAGUGACGUAGACUUUUAAACUUUCCCUUGUUGCUUUUCUGGUUGCCCCACGCUUCAACAUGUUUGCAAAUUUUCAGCAGAAUGAAUUUUCAUUUCUCAUUGCGUUUGAAAUAUUUUAUGAUUAUGAUAAUUUCGCUCCAUUCACCAGUGUAAAGUAACAAACUGUGUAUGUUCCUUACAGUUCCUGUUUGAUUGUUAGUUUAGCCUAUGUCUUGGAUUCGAUAUUUUCCUGCCCUUGGAGAUUGUUGUAGCUCAACUAAUACAUCGUGUGUCAUGGCUAUUUGCAGGCAAUUUUUUACAGUUUUGUUAUAAUGAUGAUAUGGCAAGUCCAUGUACGAAAAUGGUACAUGUAAUUUGCGAAAUGUUCAUUGAUUAUGUCAUGGUAUGUUUGAAGUUACAUUUGGUAAUUUACCUAAUGCACAUAUUUACAGCUUGGCUGUUAUAUAUAUAGUUGGAGUAAAAUAGUAAAAAGCUGACCGAAAAUGUUAUCAAAUCUUGUGGAAAAAAUAUUGAUGUACAUUUUGUAGUUUGUUCCUCUGCAGUCCCUCUAGCCUAGUGAAAUUAUUCUCUAAGGAGUGUUGCACUGUCAGGCCUGGUGUUUUGCGUGCCACUACAGUUAGGUUCCAGUAUGGUUUAUUGCCUAGUGACUCCACCUGUGGCCAGUCUCAUGACUUUGAGAACUCGGACGUGAUGAUAAGUGGUAACUUGAGUAUUGCAACUAAACACGUUUUUUGACCAAAUACCAGGUACGAGACUUGCUAAUCUGUAUGAAUAUCAUAUCCUACUGUGUUCACCGAAUUGUUGCAAGCUUUUUUUAUUGACCGAUUGCUGACUUGUAUGUGUAAUAUUCAGUCCGAAUGAUAUUUUUGAAAUAAAUUCGUGUAUCAUGUUUGUAAA